CUGGAUUUCUCGCUCUCUGUGGAAUUUGUAACUCAUUCUCUCUGCUCUGUUCCUGUUUGGUUGUUUCAUUUGAUGUUGGGUCAUCGAUAUAGCUGAGAAACAGGGGUCAAGUGGGAGAAAACGUAUUGUUUUACUUCUAUCAUGAGUUGUUUUCGAUUCAACGGAAAAUCAAGGAAACGUUCAGAGGAAAACAACGACAAGAACGUCGAUGUCAUCAAACGUGAUGAUCGAACAAGACCCACUUCAGAAAUUCUUUGUCUGAAUCGCCUGGCGUGACAGCUGCAACUUCUGCUCUAUCAUAGUUGUUGAAAGUGAAGUCUAAUGUAAAUUCAAAGAAGGAAGAUGUUUCUAAAGACGACCAAUUAUCUUUGGAUGCGAAGAAUCUAAAUUUGAAGGUUGACGUUUCUAAGGAUGGGAAUGGCAAUGACAGCAACGUUCAGACAUUUACAUUUGCUGAACUUGCGGAUGCCACGGGCAACUUUAGAUCAGAUUGUUUCGUGGGUGAGGGAGGUUUUGGCAAAGUCUAUAAGGGGCAUAUUGCGAAAAUCAACCAGGUGGUCGCUAUUAAACAGCUUGAUCCAAAUGGGGUCCAAGGUAUUAGGGAAUUCGUUAUUGAAGUAAUGACAUUGAGUAAGGCGGAUCAUCCUAAUCUUGUCAAAUUGCUUGGUUUUUGCGCUGAAGGAGCUCAGAGGCUACUGGUAUAUGAAUACAUGCCUCUAGGAUCUUUGGAAAAUCACCUGUAUGAUCUUCCACCCUUGAGGACGCCUCUGGAUUGGAAUACCAGAAUGAGUAUUGCAGCUGGUGCAGCAAGGGGCUUGGAGUAUUUGCAUGAUAAAAUGGAUCCUUCCAUUAUAUAUCGAGAUCUGAAAUGCUCGAACAUAUUACUUGGUGAGGGGUAUCAGCCCAAGCUAUCUGAUUUUGGCCUGGCCAAAGUAGGUCCCAAAGGAGAACAGACUCAUGUCUCUACUAGGGUUAUGGGAACGUAUGGGUAUUGUGCUCCUGAUUAUGCAAUGACUGGUCAGCUGACUUUUAAGUCAGAUAUGUACAGUUUUGGGGUUUUUCUUCUGGAGCUCAUCACUGGCCGGAAAGCAAUUGAUCCUGAAAAAGAGCGUGAGGAGCAAAAUCUAGUUGCAUGGGCACGACCUAUGUUCAAAGACAGGAGGAACUUUUCGAAAAUGAUAGACCCAAGGCUUCAAGGCCAAUACCCUGUUAGAGGUUUGUACCAAGCGCUUGCAAUUGCUGCAAUGUGUGUCCAAGAGCAGCCAGCUUUGCGACCAGCUACAUCUGAUGUGGUUAUAGCUCUGAAUUACCUUGCUUCCCAGAAAUAUGAUUCUCGAAAACCUCCAGUCCGUAGCUCCCGAAGAAGUCCAUCUCAAGAUGUAGCAAGAAGGAUUGACAGUGAACAAACUGAAAGUGACAGGCUCGAAAGAGAUUAAGCUGGGGAGGAUCAAGUCAAUAACAAAGUAGUCUACAUUCAUGCUUUGUCAUGGAAGUACUUGGUUGUCAAUUUUUCAUGUUCCAGAAGAUAACAGGUGCUUGCCUCCAUCCUUAAAGCAUCACAUACAGGAAAUUCUUUUCUUUUUUUUUCUUCUCGUCCCUUCCUUCUCUUCGGUGUACAUGCUAGCAAAGGUUCUUGUACCUAAGUUGCCUCUGCGUAGGAACCAGUUGUUCAAUCUUAAUAUUCAUAAUAAUAAUUGCCCCUCCAAUGGGAAUUUUGCUCUUC